CUUUACUACGACAACCACAUGGAAUGUCAUUACGGCCUAUAACCAAGUUGCUCUGAAGUGAAACUUUCGACAUGUCUGACUUGGACGCUGCUACACCGCGAGUAUUUCUUGUGCGCCAUGGAGAGACGGAAUGGACAAAAAACGGUCGCUACACGGGCCGCACCGACCUUGAAUUGACGCCCGCUGGCAUCAAGCAAGUCACCGGCACAGCAUCCCACAUGGUAGGUCACGGCAAGCUGAUCGACCCUGCCCGGAUUGCGCGCAUCUGGGUGAGCCCUCGCAAGCGUGCGCAACAGACCUUGGGAUAUCUUUUCAAUAUCGACCCCCAGAGUGCUGACUCCGCCGCUUCGCGUGACCUUGCUGAAAAGUUCACAACCACUGAGGACAUCGCUGAAUGGGAUUAUGGUGACUACGAAGGAUUGAAAACCAAGGAAAUCCAUGUCAAGAGGAAGGACAAGGGUCUGGACCAAGAAAAGGAGUGGGACAUAUGGAGGGACGGUUGCGAGGGUGGAGAAUCUGCGGAGCAGGUAACCGCUAGACUGGACAGGCUUAUUUCGCAGAUUCGAGACGUUCAAAGACCUGGCUUCGGAGGAGAGAAGCCAUGCGAUGUUGUGCUGGUUGCUCAUGGGCACAUUCUUCGCGCCUUUGCUAAAAGGUGGUUGCGGUACCCCCUUGACACACCCUUAGCCAUGAUGAUGUCGCCCGGUGCAAUAGCAGUUCUCAGUUUUAGGAAUCGUGACAUAGAUCAGCCAGGUUUCUAUAUCGGUAUGUCUCUUCCGUCGCAGGGUUAGAGAAUUGGGCACGAAUCGAAGCGCGACAAUUUUGGCCACAUAUCCUGAGAUUUCACGGAACCUGUGAAAUGUUUGGUGGAUGAGGGUAACACUUGAUUUAAGAUAAGGAAGUUUCCGGUGGGCAAGGACUGUAUAUAUUGGACAUUUUAAAUUGAUCCUAUAUGCUUGAAGUACUAGCUUCUUCACUCCAGCCACUCAAGGCGGUGUGGGCAACGUUAUACUCCUUUUACACUCCCCGGGUCUGUAUUUUUUAGUAGUAGACUUCCACAUUCAACAUAAUUCAUGAGUUCAAUG